CGUGUAGGUUAAUUCAGUUGGUUUUUGAGUCCAAAGAAACCCGUUUUUGGCUGUCUCGAGCUCGGCCGGCUCUCCCAGAUAGGUUGAAUUUGGUCGGAGGACAUGGCGCGAUUCACAAUGUUGGCAAUUGUGGUUCUUUGCCUGAUUGUCGGCAAUCAGGGAGCUGACGAUAUAUACACAGAUAUGGAAUUCUACGCCAAGGACCUGACCUGUAAUGACGAGCAAAGCUACUGCCAGAACUGCUUCACGGCGCGUGCUCGUGGCAAGGUCUUCUUACAUACGUUUGAGUAUGUAACGAACCCCGACAAGUUCGAACUCUCCCAGUUGGAAGGAGACAAUGAGUGGAAGAUGGCAUUUGUUCAAGAGGAUCAGUCUGAAACCUUCCACGUGUGCACCACCUCGAACACCGAUGGUGCCGAGGGCGGCGUUUCCCAGCAAUUGUCGGUGUGCAUGGAGAACAACUUCCCGGGAGUCGUGGCACCUGAAGGUUGCUCCAAACCGGUGGCCUUGGCUUCCCUGUCCGACAAAUUCGCCAACAUGAAGAUGUCCGGUCAGCAGGUCAUGUACUGCGCGCAGUAGAGCCAGCCAACACGCAGUAGCAACCCCGUUCCCAGGGCUCAGUUUCAACCAGCAAACUAUCCCGCGCAAAGUUGUGUACUUGAUGAUUUUAUUUUCAACGUGUAGUACGUGUUGAAGUGUUCAUUUUGAAUAUGGGCAUCUUCCGAAUUCAGCUCGGCCAGGUGGAGCUAUUGUGGCAAAAAUCGGCAGCUCUUGGGGCACUGUGUCCUGAAAUCCCCGAAAAUGUCAUGCUUUAAUUGUUUACUUAUCCUAUUUCAAAAAUAUGGUUGAAGGAAAUCAACCUA